UAUAAAUAUUGUUCUUAUUCAGGUCCGUCAUUAGUUGACUUUGGACAAGUGUGCUUGCGAUCUAUUAGUAGUCAAGAUCUGAUGAUAGCAAAUAACUUGGAUGCUCAUAUUCACAUUGUAGCCAGAAUUGACAGCCGUGAGUUAAGACAGACAUCACCACUAUCACAAGUGGUUCCUCCUCAUUCAUUGGCAAAAYUGACUCUCAUGUUUGAAUCAAAUUCCAAAGGUCAUUUUGAAAGGAGUGUAGAUUACACAAUCAAUGGUCAUCAUCGACAACACAUUGUUGUAACAGCUGAUGUUGUACCUGUUGACCUUGAGCUUGCUACUCAUGUGGUAACACUACAACCUUGUCCUGGAACACUAUGGGAAACAGGUUUGCAGGGGUCAAUAACUUUGUUUAACAACAGAAACUACCCAGCAGAGUUUACCUGGGAACCAAUAAUAACGGAACUAGGAACUGCCUUCUCUAUUAGACCAUCACAAGGUGUGGUUGAUGCUUUUACCAAUAUGAUGUGUCAGAUAUGCUAUAUGCCAACAUUCUCAACUCCAUGGGAAACAGACUUUGCUUUACAUGUUAAUGGAGGGGAGCAAAAGACUUUAAAGUGUUUAGCCAAGGUGGGGCCUACAAGCUGCUCAUUUGUAGAAAGACGCUUACUUUUUGGACCAGUCCCUCUCAACUUGACAACCACUAAGAGUGUAUCCAUAAAAAACACAGGCAAUAAUCAUGCUUACUUUGAGAUUGUUGACACACAUCCAAUCCAAGGAAUGUCCAUGAGUCCUAAAGAAGGAAUAAUUSCUGUUGGUGGAACAGCAGAAAUUACCGUUGACUACCAUCCAGAUGCAAUACACAAGUUUGAUACAAAUAUCCAAGUUAAUAUUCGUGGGGGGAAAAUGCUAACGCUUCGUGUAGGUGGUACUGUUGAGCCACCUUGUGUGGAUGUGGAUGUGGAUACUUUUCGUUUUGGUGGAGUCCACUGUGGUGCACUUUCAAAGAUUCCCUUCAAAAUGCAGAAUCUCGGUCGCACUGAAGCAAGGCUUGAAAUGAACUUAUCACGUUACAUGGACUUUUCACUUAAAGUGUUUGAUGUAGAUGAAAGAGAUGAUCCAGUGUACUGUGGUGAUGGUAUCUACUUCUUGCAUCUUGCUGCCAAUCAAACAAUAGACUGUGUUCUUGAAUUYUCUCCUUCUGAGGUUGCUGCAUAUGACUUUGUAAUGCCUGUGAUUAUCAACAACAUAUUUGCCCCAUCACCACCCCCUUCAUUAUACCCMCCCACCCCGGUACCCUCAAGAACAAAUUGGACCAUCUCUGACCUGGAAACACCUGCUCCAUGUGUUACUGGUAUAGCSACACCUAGCCGCCGAGUACUGGCCACAGCCCUUAGACCUCCAUUACAGUUGUCCCACACAAGAUUGGAGUUCUCACUUCCAUCAGGCUACUUUGAUCUUGGAAUUGAAUCUGGUGCAGGCAGAGCUCAGGGCUGCAUGUUUGUCAAUAACAGUGAUCACCCUCUUACCUGGACACUUCAUACCAAGUCUGCUGGACCACUCUUAGAAAAUGGUACCUUUAAAUUCCUUCACCGYACUGGAUCACCCUUCACAACAUCCUCAGCUCACAAACACAGCACCAUUCCUCCAAUCACCUUGGAAUCUGGUGAAACUUUUCAACUUGGUGUACUUUUUUCACCACCCAGACCAGGACUAUUCAUUGCCCAUGUUCCUGUUAUCUUGAAUGAUGAUCGUGAUAAUCCAUAUCGAAUACUGGAAUUAAGAGGACAGCUUAAGGCUCCAUCAUUAAAAUUUGAACCUGAAAGCAUUGUGAUGAUUCCUACACCACUACAUAUUCCUGUGACAAUGGACUUCAAGAUUGUUGCUUCUGGUUAUAGAAAGACUGCCUUUGUGGCUUGUGAAGUACCUUCAAUUGAAUUAGAGAAUGGCAGUAUCAUGGAUGUUAUUGAGGUGUCCUUCCCAGAUGGCCAGACCAUCAAACCUUGCUGUAGUGACAAUGGUGAUAUAGAUUAUAUUGUACAUGGACAGAUCACCUUCAAAUCACYAAGUCCUGUAUCAUUCAGUGGUGCAGUUACUUUCAAUGAUGGAUUUAAAAAGUACCACCUACCACUUGCAGCAACAGCUGAUAACUGCCUUCUUACCACCUUCCAUUUCCUUGCUGCUCACCGUGAUGACUUUCAUAUUGUAUGUGGYCAGGAACAGCCAGCAAAUAUAGAAGAGAAUCAAGCAGAAGGUAGCAGACUUAUUCCUGGUGAGGCAGUCAUUAAACCUUGUGUUACCCCACAACGUCCAUCCACUCAGGCAUCAACAACAGCCACAAGUACAACAUUUGGAAUCAGUUCUUCAACCUACCAGGAAUCCAGYGCAAGUGUAACACCAUCUACAUUCCCGUCAACACCACACAAUGCAGAACAGACACAUAAGGGUGAAUCACCUAAAGUGGAGUCAGUACUAUCAGAUGAUCAAGAUGCAUAUUGUGUUAGUCCGUCUGUUGAAAGUGAGGAAAAAAAGUUCCUAACAGCUGUUGUUGUUGCUAUUCAAAGAUGGUUUUCGGUACAGGGCUGGGCUGGUGGACAGUUCCCCAUUACUAUCCCACAAUCCUUUAGUAUGGCACUGAAAAACCAAAGUGAAGGACCACCAAGCAACACUGCUAUGAUGCGCACUACCAACUGGGACAACAAUGCAAAGAAAGAAAUGCGCUCUGUGUUUGACUUGGUAUCGCAUAUUUGUGGUCGGUCUGUUCCAGGUAUUCCACUGGCAUCUACCUUGCCUACAGACCCAACAGAGAGAAUGCGUCAAGCUCACUGGAUGUACUCUACACUUCUUACAUUCCUCCGCACUCAAGGAGCAAUGUUACCAAGUGUUAAACCUGAACAUUUACUAGCACCAAGUGAAUAUCGGCUUUGGCAAGAUUUGCAGAAUACUGUUGAUCCCAAUGAAAUUCUUGAUGCUGAGAUAAAGAAGACCCGAUUGAAGGAYGCCAGAAGGGACUUGCUUAGGUUUCCUUCAGUAUCCAGGAAAUCAUGGACUGAUGUUUUGGCUCAGAUUAUUAAGGUUCUCCUUCUAAGCCGCAUCACUCCUCAACAGUACAAGAAACUCCAGUCUCCUUUCAGAGACACUCCUCCAAAGUUUAAUUCUGACCCUUUGUGYAGUAAUGURUACAGUGUAGGGGAGAGGGUUCUCCUAUCUUGGAUCAACCAUCAUUAUGAUAUACAGAGACAGAAAGGUUGGCCAGGGACCAUGGAUGGAUCCAAUCCUUGUUGUCGAUGGAUAGUCAAUUUUGAUCUUGACUUCAUGGAUGGUCUUGUACUGGCUUCCCUAUUGUCUGCCUAUGUGCCAUUCUUGGUAUCUACUCAUCUGAACUCCAUGUAUGUUCACCCAACAACAGCUCAGCAAUGUCUUCAUAAUGUUCUCAAGGUUACUGAAGCACUGAGGCACAUAGGAAUGGACUAUGAUGUACAGGCCACCGACAUUCUUGAGCCAAAUCCAAUCUCCAUUCUAUUGUUAUGUCUUCAUCUUUACCAGCGGCUUCCUCAGUAUUUACCAAGAACUACUGUGGAGUUUCAGGGAUCUCUGCACACAAGUGUAGUAAAGCAUAUUCACCUUCAGAAUCCCAGUAAUAAGCCAUUAGUUUAUCAAGUCAUCAUCGCAGGACGUGAUGCUGUUGACUUUAAUGUUUCAGUAGGAGAUUCUCUGGUGGUGCCUUCAAAAGGUAAUCUUCAGCUACCAGUUGAGUUCAAGAGUCGUUUUUUGAGACCUUGUAAUGSUACAUUGGUUCUUGUUGGCAAACGUGUAGGCUCACCUUGUGGCAACACACUUGUAUUUAAUCUGGAAACAUGUAUUAACAACAUAACACCAGUGGCAACUAUACAUUGUGAGUCACCAACAUAUGAGCUAAAGAAGGUCCAUUGCGAUAUAACCAAUCCAUUUCCUCAAGCGGGAGAGUUUCGUAUUGUUCUUGUUGAAGCCAAACUGUCAUUUCCUGGAACAAACAGCAACAACUCCUCACCAAGAAGUAAACAGAAUAAGCAGAAGAAAGCUGUUCCAGCUCGCACUGAUCACGGGCAAGGGAAUAAACCAAAGUCACCUAUCAAAGAUUUCCCUCGGUUUGACUCUGAUAAGCCAGAAUCACCGAAACMCUCUCCGACACCACAGCUCAGUGCUUUUUGGAGCCCUCGGCCCACCAUUCACUUGGACAGCAAUAGCACUUCAUCAUUAGAAAUUCAUUUUCUUCCUUUCAACGAUGGUCACCGUCAGUGCUCUGUCCUCUUCAUUAAUGACAAWAUUGGUGAAUUUCUCUACUCUAUUGAAGCCAAUGGUACUUUCCCUCUUCCCUCUCCUCUUCCCAUGGCAGACUCGCUUCACAGUAUGCGAAUCAGCAGUGCUGCAGCAGCUAGGAACAGUAUGGGGUUGUUUGGUGGAGAUGAUAGAGUGGUGUAUUGGAGGUGUGAUAAUGAUGAAAAGUUUACAGAAGAUCUUUACGUACCCAUUACUAAUACGGCAAGGGAGAAUGCAUUUGCUAUUGCUGCUCAGCAACGCAUGUCGGAUCGUGAAAUUCAACGUCGUCARUUAACAGGAACAUUGUGCAGCAGUACUGUAACAUCAAAAAUCGCUGCGAUAGGGCUUGGUGGUGAUAUAUUUAUGCAUGCYAGUGACMCUACAGUAAAAAGGGGUCUAGAUCUCAGCUUUACCAAGUUUUCUGUUGAAUUAAGCUCUAAGUUUUUUAAGGCUCCAAAAUGGGUGACAAUACCAACAACAAUGGAAAAAUCUUUUGGUGCCUCAAAACGAGAAAAAGAACCCUUGAAAGACACUAUCAAAAUACCAAUUACGUUCGAGCCCAAAGGUCCUGGACAUUACCCUUGUCAGAUUACACUCAACUCCACACAUGAUAUUAGGUUAUAUCAGGUAGAAUGCACAGUAAGUCCAAAGAGCUCGGCAUUAGAUCUGGAGUUUACAUCACCUGCACAUCAGUCAGUGACGCAAGAUAUCCCGGUGAUCAACCAUAGUCAACAAGACUGGCAGUUGACAGCUUCUAUAGAAGGAGAAGGUUUCUUUGGACCUCCUGUUGCACUAGCCAAAGCUUUAGUGACAACGUAUUACCCACUUAUGUUUAGGCCUUCUUAUGAAGGCCCAGUACAGGGAAAAUUGGUUUUGACGAAUCAAGUGGAUAGCACYGAACAAGUAUACAGGCUCUGUGGAAUGGGACAAAAACCUUAUGCUCUUGAUAACAUUGUGAUUGAAUGUGAAGCUCGUCAAAGUGUAACACAUGUACUGCAAGUGCCUAACAUAACAAAGAAGAAGGUCACAUUCAAGGUUCUUACUGAUCUUGACAUCAUAUCCGGACCUUCAUCGUUGACUGUCCUUCCUUCAAAAACCGCUGAGCAUGUUAUCAAGGUGUCGCCAUGGCGAAGGGGGCAGUUCAAUGGGAUGGUUACAUUUGUAGCUAUUUCUGAAUCUAACUUCGAGCCAAAGUCUCUUGAAGUUGUGGAUUCUGACAGUGAUGAAGAAAACCAGGAAUCAAAUAAACACAGCGUUUCUGCGCCUGCAAGGUUAAAAUCCCCAGGAGAUAAAGCUUUCCCUUUGACACGCCCCUAUAGGCAAUGGUACUCAAUCGAAGUUAACGCUUUAAUCCCUAAACCCGAGAAAACCCUUGAUGUCACAUGCGCAGCACAUCGAUCGGUUGGAAUUGAAGUAGAAGUGUCUAAUCCCACGAAUGACAACAUUGUGAUCGAUGUAAUAUUAGAGGGAGAAGGAAUAUUCGGUGAACCAAGUAUUGUAGUUCACCCUAAACAGAAAGCUUUAUACAGAGGAAAGUUUUCACCGACCAAGAUUGGAGAGUUUAGUGGAAGUGUCAUCUUUCAGCACCRAGCUCUUGGAGAGCUUUGGUAUGACCUCUCUCUGCAUGCCACAGCACCAGUACCCUCACAUCUACCGCUACUUAAUUGUGAACUCGGAAAGUCGGUAUACCAAAUGAUUCGCCUUGAGAAUCCUACCAAAGAAGCCUUGGUUCUCGAACCACAAUGUUCUAAUUCACGGAAUUACACUCUUGAAAUGGACUCCAGCCAGCUUGUACUCGGACCAUUAUCAGUUCUAGAAGUUCCACUUAAGUUCACUCCAUCUGAUGUUGGCCACACUAACCAUUCUGCUGAGAUARCUUUCCAUAGCGCAGAGUUAGGGGAUUGGWUAUUUUUAGCUUCUGGAACUGGAACAAUGCCGGGUGCAAAUGAAACUAUCAAUAUUUACUCUGAACUUGGAGGAAAUUCAUCGAUCAUUUUGCCCUUUCGUAACCCAACUGAUCAUGAAGUCAUCGUGGAUGUURUACUAAAGGAGCGAACCAUUUCUAGAUCAGGUUCUUUGUUCAACACUGCAAGAGACACAGACGUGAAACUCAAAGACUCGACUUUCUGCUUACUMCUCAAAAACCAAAAAUCAAUUAGUCUAGCACCAAAUGCUAACCUUGAUAUCCCGAUAUCCUUUGCACCUGAUACCAUGCAGAUUUAUGAAUGCACAGUAAGCGUUACUAUGCAUAAGAAUGAAGGAAUGCUGCAAUAUGGUAACCAGGCCGGCUUGUCAUCCAUCAUUAAUGAUUUACAUUGGAUCUUCCCAGUCAAAGGAAUUCCCGAAUCAUGUCCAGUCAAUGAUUCCCAAGCUCCUUGCAUCGAAUGUAAGGCGCGAAGUCGAGUUGAGGAAAGAGUGGAGGUGACGUUAACAGGGGUUGCGUCGAGUACGUCCAGCGCGAGUUAUGCGUCAUAUGUUAGGACACUCAUACCUAUCCACAUACUCCCCAGCGAAUGGGACCAUGGUAUCGAUUAUGUCAAUGUCCCUGAGGAAUUCAGGUAUGAGCUGCUCUUUGAAGAUGCAGAGGGACAAGCAGCAUUAGAGCGGUCUCUUGGCGUCAGCUUGAUACGAAAAGCACGAAAUCAAGUUUCGGGUGUUAUCAGCUUGGUCUUCAAUUUUAUUUUCUCGCCUUUCAAGCCAUUUCGACAUCGAGCACAACUUGUUGUGACAGCUAUGAACGGUGGAGUUUGGAGGUUUCCACUUGUCGCCUUAGCAACUGAACCUGAGGUGGAUGAUGUCAUCAAUAUGGAGGCUGCUGGAUUAAAUAAAGAAUCGUUUGUUGGCUUUCGACUUACAAGCCAGACAAGGCAUGUCCUUCCAUUUCAAGCCUAUUUUACUUCGGGUUCAGAUCCUGAGUUCACAGUGAUUCAAACCAGUGGUGAAUUACUGCCUUCGGGUUCACAAGGAACGCUCAUUAAGAUAGGGUAUAAGCCAACUGUAUAUGGAAAGACUCACCGUGCUAAAUUGGUAGUGCAGACCGCUGAUAUGCAGUGGACAUACGACGUAUUUGGAACUACUCCAGAAUACGCCCCACCAAGCAGCCAAGCGAAAAUUUCUUCUGGAAGUCACACUCAACGGCGAACUGUCAGACAGAAGAAAAAUUACGUUUUAGACAAUCUCAAAUUACCAAACACUGCGGUGUCAUCUCCACUAAAAGGCGCUCGUCUCGUAUCACGUGCCAACAAGACGUAAAUAAGUACUGGUUCGUAAAUAUGAGCAAUUCUCCUCGGUUAGCUGCCUACAAGUAAUCAUUUUGUAAAGUUUGUAAAGUGUCAUUCAAAAUAAAGUUUUGUUUUCGGUGUUUAUUUGUUUAA